CUGUACCCUUCUUAUGAUGACCAUCGUGCACUGGACGACUUGCCAACCGAUGGAAUUCUCUCGGAUAGCGAUCGUCGUGCUGUUUGCCAUCGCAUUCUGUUCUGCCUCCGAAGGCAUCAGCUACGUGAUAUCGACACUCUUUAGUCUCGAGACGGUGGUGUUCGUGGCGUCACCGCUGUGCUCACCGUUGAUCGUGUUCAGCGGCUUUUACGUCAAGCCCCAGCACCUGCUCCCGGUGGUCGCGUGGCUCCCGAGCGUGUCGCACAUGUUCUACGCACACCGGGCGAUCAUGUUCGCAUUGUACGGUGGUGGACGCGGCGAGCUCGACUGCGACGAUUCCACAGACGCCGGCAUUUGCGUACCAGUAGACGGAUAUUACGUGCUCGAAGUGAUAGACGCGAGCGACGUGAAUUUGUUCGUUGACUUCGGAGCGAUAUUGGCGUUAGACGUCUUCUGGAAGUUAAUUGCUUUCUGUCUCCUCAAGUGGAGGCUCUGGCGGAAGCGAUGAACCUGCGUCUCGUACGGAGCCCUCGGAGGAAUGCGAAUGAAUGAGCAACUAGAGUUAAUAUGUCACGGGCACACAUCACUGCUACUUGGCACCAGAAAAAGCACACGGAAAUGAAAAUGGCUGAUCGAACAGGAAACUUCACGGUGACUUUUUAUGCACGUGUUAUCAACAUAACGAAAUGAGCGAAGACACAGGGGGCGCUAUAUUGCCGGUGCUUGCGAACUUGAAAGUUCUUGAGGAGCACACAAGUACCACGU